AAUAAACUGGUGAUAUUUAGUAAACACAGAGAUACCUCGGUACCUAACGAUGUCAUAUUCUUCUUCUGCAUCAGGUUCGGGAGGAAGAAGGUUGUGUUCAUCUCUCUUGCAGCGCAGUGCGUCGCUGUCAUCCUGCAGUCCUUCUCUCACUCAUGGAGGAUGUUCUGCAUCAUGUUCCUCUUCGUUGGAGCCUCUCAGAUAUCCCUGUAUAUCUCUGCGUUUGUGCUCGGAACGGAGGUGUUGAGUAAAACCAUGCGAGUGAUCUUCACCACCCUCGGGGCCUUUCUCUUCUAUUGCAUUGGAUACAUGACUCUGCCCUGGAUUGCGUACGCCAUCAGAGAGUGGAGGACUCUUAUGGCUGUCCUGGCUGCGACUUCUGUGGUCUACAUCCCUCUGUGGUGGUUCAUCCCAGAGUCUCCUCGGUGGCUGCUCACUCAGGGACGAGUGGAGGAAGCCGAGGCCAUCGUGAGAGACGCUGCAAGGAAAAACAAAGUGGAAGCUCCAGUCGUCAUUUUCAAAGACUUUGAGGCGAUGCCUCCCACAAAGACGUACACCAUGCUGGAUAUCCUGAAGUCUCGUAACAUCAGAUGCAUCACUCUGAUGUGUCUGGUUUUAUGGAUGGCGAUCAACAUCGGGUACUUCGGUUUGUCCCUGAACACCUCCAACCUGAGCGGCGACCCCUUCAUGAACUGCUUCCUGUCGGCUGCUUCGGAGGUUCCUGCGUACGUGGUUUCAACUGUGCUGCUGAAGAAAUGUCCAAGACGAGCUCUGCUGUCGUCGUUCCUCGUCAUCGGAGGAGGAGUUCUGCUUCUCAUCCAGUUCAUCCCCGACU